AUGAGUGCCGCAGAGCGACCGCACCGUACUGAGGCGUCGGUUUUGAAUCAGACGUUUUUGAUAGACCCAGCAUACCGCAUUAUCAAAGGACUGGGACAAGGGGCGUACGGCUGCGUUGCUUCUGCCGAGCACAUCGCAUCGGGUGAAAGCAUCGCCAUCAAGCGCGUUUCCAAUGUAUUUAACAAGCGAAUACUCACCAAACGUGCACUUCGAGAAAUCAAGUACGUAAAUGAUGCUGACACUAGACUAUUGCGUCAUUUCCGGGGCCACAAGAACAUCACAUGUCUCUAUGACCUGGAUAUCACGAACCCUGCCGCGUUCAAUGAAAUAUACCUGUAUGAAGAGCUCAUGGAGGCGGAUUUGCAUGCCAUUAUCCGCUCGGGCCAGCCACUCACGGAUGCACACUUUCAGAGCUUCAUUUACCAGACGUUGUGCGGACUCAAGUACAUUCACAGUGCCAACGUGCUGCACCGCGAUCUCAAACCUGGUAACCUGCUGGUCAACGCGGACUGCGAGCUGAAGAUCUGCGACUUUGGUCUGUCGCGGGGAUUUGAUCCGGAUCAGAACACGGUGGUGCCUGGGCAGCAAGAGUUCAUGACCGAGUAUGUCGCGACGCGCUGGUACCGUGCGCCCGAGAUCAUGCUGUCGCACCAGAACUAUACGACGGCCAUCGACAUGUGGUCGGUUGGGUGCAUUUUGGCUGAGCUGCUGGGGCGCCGCCCCCUGUUCAAAGGCCGCGACUACGUCGACCAGCUCAACCAGAUCCUGCACUAUCUGGGCCAUCCCUCGGAGGCGAUGCUGCAGCGGAUUGCCAGCCCACGUGCGCAGCAGUACAUCCGCUCGCUUCCCUUCAAACCUGGCAUUCCGUUCGAGCAGCUAUAUCCUAGGGCCAACCCGCUGGCGCUGGACUUGCUGCGCCGCCUGUUAGCGUUCGACCCGCGCCAGCGGAUAACGUGCGACGAGGCGCUGGCACAUCCCUACUUGGCCGUCUGGCACGAUCCCGCGGAUGAGCCGGUGUGCCAUUCCAAAUUCGACUUCAGCUUUGAGAAUGUUGACGACAUUCCGGGGAUGAAGAAACUGAUUCUUGACGAGGUGAUCAGUUUCCGCCGUGAAGUGAGGUGGCAAGCUCAGCAGCGACUCAUGACGAUGGAUUCAGCGGCAUCCGUGGCGCUUCAGCCACAGGAGUGCGAUGUGAGCAUGCCCGUCGAUGUGUCUCCUUACAACGGUGCGCCUAGUAGUGCGUCGCUGCGUCGACAGGACCAGUACGUAUGCACGAGGACCACUAACAACAGCCUCCCUGGGUCGUCGCGCCAGAUGAUUGAGCAGUCGACGCAGGAUGCGCAUUUUAACAUACUGGGAGAGCCCACGUCGGCGAACGGCGAGGGACGCCAGGACGCCGGCAGCGAGGCAGUGGCGGAGUCGGUCGCCAUGGAAGACCCCUACGAGUCUCUGAGCCGCCAGCUCAGCGAACACAAGACAUCAUAG